AAAGAUUUGGUUUAAGGUGUUUUUGUAUUAGUCAAGACUGAGAGUGCUAAAGAAAAGAGAAAACUAUUUUUUAUGGCCCAUGAUGGGUUAUAGGAAGCUGUGUCUGUUACUGCUGCUGAGCAGCUACACAUUGGCUCAGGAUGGCACUGACACUAAUGAACAAACUUCAGCAUGUCUGUUGGCAUCCAAAUUCAAGGCCUAUAAGAAGUAUGUGUACCAGUAUACCACAGAAACCAGAAAUGGUAUGGUGGGCACUGCCAACCUGGGGAAUGGCCCCAAAGUUUCUUGUCAGGUAGAGAUCGAAAUUCCCCAAACAUGCAGAUUCAUCAUGCAUACCAGGGACUGUGUUCUCAGUGAGGUGUCCAUCAUGGAUCCCGAAGACCAGCCGAUCUACAGGCAUUCCCCCAGCUCUCAUGCCUUCCAGUCCGCCAUGGAAAAGAACCCUCUGAAGUUCACUGUAGAGGACAUCACCAGUGUCCAUCUUUACCCUGAGACAGAUGAGCCAGUCAACAUCCUAAACAUUAAGAGAGGAAUUGUGUCAACACUCAUAGUGCCAGUCAUGGAGGAUGAACAGAACAGCCUAAUGAGCACAGUGCACGGCCAGUGUUUAACAGACCACCUGGUGAAUGGGAAGAAUAUCGCCACAGAUGUGACUCUGUCCAGAGAUCUGUCUCAGUGUGACCAGUUCUACAGAAGGGAAUCAGCCUACAGCCCCCUAGCCCUGCUCCAAACACUGCAUUACCCCAUGUCAAAGCUAAUUACAAGCACUCAAGACUGCAACUACCAGUUUGAUAACAAUGGAAAGCACAUCAUGGCAGCAAUGUGCACAGAAAAACACAUCUACAAACCCUUCUCCCAUGAGGACAAUGGAAUAUCAUCAGUGGUGACCCAGGAGCUCAGCUUUCAAAGCUCCAAAAGGACCAACAACAGAGUGUUUGAUGUGAACCAUAGUAAGAGCAAGCCACUCCACUUUGAAGACCCUGACAAUAAAGCUCCAGUUCAGACGAAGGACACGGUUCUGAGCUCCCUACGGGACCUUGUGGCUUUGGCAGGCACAGACAGGGGUCAGAAGAGAACCAGCCUUUUCCACAAGCUGGUGUCCAGCCUGCGUGUCCUGAGGAAUGAGACUUUAAGCCAGACCGUUACUGAAAUGAUAGAUACGUCAGGCUGGCUCACUUACCAGGCCCUGUUGCAGUGUGGAACCCCAGAGUGCACCAGCGCCAUCCUCCAGGCUAUCAGAACAAUCGAUGGGGGGUCACUACAGGUUGAUGCUCUAGUGUAUGGGCUGAGUCUAUGGGCUAACCCUGAUGCAGUACGUGUCAGAGAUAUGCUCAGCAUGGCUCAGUAUAAACAGAGCAAGGCAAUCAUGUAUGCUCUGGCCAACACAGUCAAGAAGUUUCAUAAAGGAGAGGUUACUCCAGUGGUCACAGAUGUGUCAAAGUUCAUGGAAACACUCUUAAAUGACUGCUCAGGAGAAAGCCUUGAUUACGACUCUGACUUGCCCAUUUACCCUGAAGAGAUGUCCUUCCUUGUACUGAGGGUUGUUGGUGUCAUGGGUCCAGCCAUGCAAGUGGUCAGCCCCAGUUUGAUUUCCUCUAUUUUAAGGUGCGCUCAGAAAACAGACAUUCCGUUAUCUAACCAAAAGGCAGCUAUACAGGCCUUUAGGUUGAUGGACAUUAAUGAUGAGGUAAGAAAUGUUCUCAUGGAGGUGUACCAGGAUACUCAGAGCUCCCUGGAGAAACGUAUUGCAGCAUAUCUGAUUUUAAUGAAGAGCCCACAUCAAACCCUGGUUCAAGACAUUGUGAACAAUUUGGAGAAUGUGAGGAAUGAGCAGCUCAAGAGCUUUGUGAUCUCUCAUCUGAACAACAUCCGCAAUUUUGAUAAGCCACAAAUGUACAAACUCAGGGAGCACAUUGAGUUGGCCUUGAAAAAAGCAAAAGGGGUCUUUGAAGGCAUGUCACAAAACUACAAAAUAAACUCUCCCAUGGGCUCAGUACAGAGCAACAUCAUCUUCGAUGGCAGGGACACCUUACCUAAGGAGGUGAUGCUGGAGACCACACUAAAGGUUUUUGACUACAACUACGACAUCUUUGAGGUCAGCGUUGAGGGAAGAGGAUUUGAACCGACAAUCGAUGCUCUUUUUGGGGAGAGAGGUUUCUUCCCUGACUCCAUCUCAAGAGUUAUGUACUGGGCAGGGGACAAAGCCCAGAUGCUCAGAGAUGUUUUGAACAGAAUUGCCCCUGACAGAGACAGAAUGAAAAGAGAGGUCCCACAGGAUCUUCUUAAAGAUAUCACAAACAGUGCCCGGAAGCUCAUGGAUGAUGUGCAUUUCUCUCAAGCCCCUGAGGCCAUUGCCUAUCUUCGGCUUCUAGGAAAUGAGAUUGGAUACUUGAAGACCAGCGAAAUGAGAAAGAUGGCUGACACUCUGUCAAUGUACUACCGUGUUUUCAUCAAGAUGCUACCUGUGAAGGCCCUUUUAUCAUUGAUUUCUAGCACUGAAAAUGAAGUGUUCGCCCACUAUAUCUUCAUUGAGAGUGCCUUCUCUCUGCCCACUGCCUCUGGCCUCCCUCUGAAGUUCUCACUGGCUGGUGUGUUUGCACCUGGUGCCAAAGGAGGCCUGAUUCACUCAGGUCCAAACAUAAAGACUGACCUCUCCUUCAUGCCAUCAGUUGGGCUAGAAUUCAUCACUCAAAUGGGUGUGCACAUUCCAGCCUUUGUGGAGGCUGGGCUUGAGAUGCACACUAAUAUGUACCAUGAGAGUUCCAUCAAUGCUAAGAUCACCAUGAACAGACACCAGUUGAGACUGUCAAUACCUGCUCCUAAGUCAAACACUCAGUUGCUCAGCGUUAGCAACAAGUUGCUGUCAGUGUUCUCUGGUCAAACAAAAAUAGUGCCGUCCCUGGUGGAGGACCACACUGACUCAGCUGGCUGUCAGCCCCUAUUCAGUGGUCUUAAAUUGUGCACAAUAUUGCGUAACUCCAAUGCCACUUCCAUUUACCAGGCCCCAUAUUACCCCCUGACUGGAGAAACCAGGUUUGCAGUGGAAAUCCAGCCCACAGGGGAAAUUUCAGAGUACACUGCCACCAUCACUGAUGAAACUCUCAGAGAGGGUAAAAAGGGUCGUCAUAAAGUGCAGUCUCUGAAGCUAACUCUAAAGGCAGAAGGUGAUAAUUCAACAGAGGCCACUGCAUCUCUGAAAUACAACCACAAUAAGAACAUUUUUACCGCCGAGGUUGCCAUUCCUGACUAUGAUGUGGAAGCAGGCAUCAAGCUGGCUUUAACUGACAGUGAUGCUAAAGGAAAGAAGAUGCGAGGUAUCACCAUUGACGUCACCAACAGGAACAUCCCACAGCUGAGUCUUGUUGGACGCACAAGACUUGAAAUAAUGAAGGAUGCCAUGCUACAACUCCAGAUGGCUAUUCCCUCUCUGAAAACUGAUGCAUCUGUCACUGUGACCCUUAAGAAAGAUGAGGAUGUGUCCAUGGACUUAGAGACUGUGAUCAACCUCCCUGAGACAUCCUACCAACAGAGAGCCUCACUCAAAUACGAUGAUGACAAGUUUGAGCUGGAACUGAAAUCAGAGCUGAAUUCUGAAUUUCAGAAACUGAUCCCAGAUGGACAGAAUUAUCAUGGGCAGCUGCACCAGCUCAUCGAUGAUGUCCUGGACCAGAAAGUGGCAAAGACUGAUAUGAAACUCCGUCACAUAGUCACCAAAGGAAUUGAGGCAGGUAAUAUAUGGCUGGACAAAUUAACAACACACAUCCCCUAUCUUGCAAACCUCCAAAGCAAGAGGAGCAUGUCAGAUCUCACCCUGCCAGCUCUGCCUGAGAAACUGUUUCUGCACUCUGACAGCGUGUUCCGAUACCAGUUCAACAAAGAUAAGAUGGCCAUCUCUCUGCCUCUUCCACUUGGUGGCAAAAAGUUGGAAGAACUGAACAUCUCAACCACUUUAUCUAUUCCCUACAUAAAUUUACCAGAGAUAGGCUUAUAUUUCCCUGCCAAAAAUUAUCCUCUACCAUCUAUCACUAUACCACCUUCUUUGGACUUCAAUAUACCUCUUCUCGGUCUGGCUGAAGCAUCCACCAAGAUCAACAGUAACUUCUACCAUUGGGAAGGCUCCAUCUCUGGGGGCAACAACACUUUUGAUUUUCCCAGCUACAUUGUGCAGUACAAGGCCAUGGCUCAAUCACCUCUCAACCUAUUGGCAUACAAGCUUGAAGGAACUGCAAUGAUGUCAGGAAAUGCUGAUGAUAAUCUCAAGUAUCUUCUGAACAGUUCCUUCAGCCAUAGCUUCAUUGACACAAGCUUCAGUGUCUUAGAAACAUUAAGGGUAACAGACAAACUGAAUGCAAAAGCCAAUUAUAAGCUUGAAGCCUCUAGUCCAGUAGGCCUGCAGGCCUCGAUCUAUUACUCUGCCCAGUCAACGUCCACCCUAAAUUCAAAUGAAGUCUCAGGAGAUGGCACUAUGAAUGGAUUGUUUAAUAUAGGUUCAUUCUACACCAAUACCUCUUUCACCCAUAGUUACAAUCUACAUCCACUAGAUCAAGUGGGAAGAGGAGAGUCCACCCUGCACUUUGACUCACCAUUCAUCCAAGUUCACAACAUGAUCCAUGGAGUUUAUACAAACUCUGAGUUGAACAUUGUGUCCAAAACCAAUGCCCAGAGAGACAUCCUCAAGCAUGUAGCAGAGCUCAAAUAUAAAGAUGCAAAACUGACUCUAAAAUGCCAUGCUAUAGCCACAGGCAUGGGCAAAGCACUCAAUAACAAAGUUGAGCUUGGUGUCUCCAGCCAUAUGGCCAUCCUCACAAUUGAGUCACAAGCAGAUGAUGAUGCAAACAGGGCAUACUCACUUAUAACAGGAUCCCUGGAUUCAAAUGGGCUUGAGCUAAACUCUGAGGCUUCCCUUACCUUUGAUACAGGUCGUGGAUUGCACAAAGCUUCUGUAAUGGUUGGCAGAAAUGGUCUGACCACAAGUGGAAUCAACAGUAUUUUGUGCAGCUCUGUAACAGUGGAGAAUAUCUUCAAUGGCGCCAUUGACAACAAUGGUGCAUCUAUGUCCUCCAUGACCAAAGCGAUAGCUGAAGAGAGCCGAGGAGAGCUGAACAUUGAGGGUAAAGUCACAGCUGCAGAAGCCUCUUUGUAUGGUGUCUUCAAGGGCCAUGCAUAUAAUGCAACCACAAGAAACAACAUAAACAUUGCACUGAACCACAGAGCUCUGACCUUUACUAGUAAUACCAUGGGAACACUGAAGCAGAUGAAAACAGAAAAUAGCCACACACUUACACUCACUCUGUGGACCCUAGCUCUCCACUCCAAAACUAACAACUUCAUCUGUGAAGAUAUUUACUACAAGCAAGAUACCAAUGUUGAUAUGAAGCCAUUUGUUAUGUCACUUUAUAUGACAAAUGACCUCAAAUUCCAUGAUAUCAGUUUGAACAAUAACGGUCAUAUGACGCUUAAGCCACUUAAGGUGGAUCUUAGUGGGAGCAUGAAGGUAGCUUAUGGAGAAGAACAUGUGUAUGAACACAUCAUACAUACCUAUGAACUCACCUACGAUGAUAUGGCUGGUACAAUGAAAUACAACAUGUCUGGAGAUGUAUUUGGCGCCAAGCUAAGUCACAACUGUGAACUUCAGUUUGCUGGACUUUCCUCCACAACAAACUGUGAAGCACAACUAAAGUCUGAGCCUCUUCAUUUUGAUAGCACCAUUCGCACCAUGGCACUGCCUUUCAGCUUCACUAUUGAUGCUCUUGUCAAUAGUGAGGGAGAAGUCAAUCUAUGCGGGAAGCACAAAGGACAGCUGUACAACAAGUUGUUGGUCAAAGCUGAGCCGCUGGCUUUUGCGUACUCACAUGACAGCCGGGUAUCAACCACACAUAAGCUUCCAAGUUGGGAGGCUUCCAUUAAUGUAGACAACAAAUGUGAUGGCCUCCUGGCACCAAGUGACCAACAUCUGACCUGGACAGUAAGAUCUAUACUGAACGACCAUGCUUAUAACCAAGACAUCCAUACUUACAAUAAUCCUGAGAAGAUUGGAUUUGAGUUUUCAGGAGCAAUCUUAACAGACAUUUUCAGCAAAUUAAGCAAAGAAUGGAGAUCAGUACCAGAAUUACAAGAAUUCAGUAUGGCUGGUUUCCUCAAGUAUGAUAAGAACAGUGACUCUCAUAUCAUUAAGAUCCCAUUCAUUGAGAGCCUUCCUGCUGCUUUUGAGGAACUCAGGAACACACUUGUAAAAGCCUUAGAAUCACUCCAACAGUCCAUCAACAAUUUAGAUAUUAAUAAGCAAAUCGCUGACUUUAGAACCAAGUUAGAUUUUCUACAAGUGCAGGUAAGCAACUUCAUGCAAGACAUAGACUUGGAGAACAACGUGAAUCAACUAAAAGCAAAAUUUGAUUAUUUGAUUGGUGAGUUUGCUGUAACAAUUGAUGAUUUGGAGCUUGUGAUGAACAACUUGAGCAAGAACUUGGAAAAUAUAGUGAUGGAUGUUGCAACCAAAAUUAGAGACAUCAUCCUUACAAUCAAAAAAUAUCUUAAGGCAGGACACCUUACCGUCAAGAUAACAAAUAUACUUUCAAAGACGGGAAAUCAGCUUCGGGCCUUUGAUGAGAAAUAUGAAAUCAAGCAGUCAUUUGUGAAAGCACUUCAUGUCAUUGAGGACAUCAUCAGACAGAUUCACUUACAGAAGUUCACAGAAUGCAGUACAGCAUGGUUGUGUGAGCUUGAUUCUAAAUAUAGAAUAUUGGACAAAAUCAGAGACAACUUGUCUUUAAUAAAACAGGCCAUUGAGAACUUUGACAUUGACAUAUUUUUCAACGACGUAAAGGAUUACCUUCUCUCAUUUGAUUUAGCCAUUCAUGUUGAGCAGCUAUCAUAUAAAAUCCCCUCUUUGGAGAUAGCAAAAGUGAUAGAAUCUAUGAAUGAUGUCAUUGUCAAUUGGAUUGAUGAAUAUGAAAUUCCCAACAAACUUAAUGCUGUGUAUUCCUACAAUAAGGAUCUACUUUUGAAAUACAAGCUUGAUGAUAAACUUAAAGAAUUAAUGGAUCAGAUAAUUAUUCUCAUUAAGGAAUUAAAAAUUGAAGAGACUGUGCAGUCAGUGGUAGGUGCACUGCAAUCAAUCAACUUUGAAUUUUUUUAUGGUAAAACUAUGCAAUUUCUGCACAGUGUGACAAACCAGCUCAAAGGAACUGACUUUAAGAAAAGUAUUGAUGACCUUAAUGAACAAAUUUCUUCAAUGUUGAAGUUAAUGAAGGAAUUUGACUACAGUAAAUUUGUAGAUAGGACCAAUGAGAAUAUUGCUGAACUAACAAACUAUAUUAAUAAGCAGAUUAAGUCAUAUGAAAUAGUGCAAAAAAUUGAGGCUGUUAGAGAUUUUUUUAGAGAGAUCCAAAGCUCCAUCAUCACAUAUUUAGAUGAGCUCAAAAACACAAAGGUGGCAGAUGCUCUAAAGAAACUGAAAAAUGUGAUCGACACUACGUUUUACAAUGACAUUAAGAUGAAAGUGCAGGAUAUCCUUGAGGACAUAAGACAAAGAAUCAUCGACAUGGAUAUCAGAAAUGAAAUCCACAUUCACAUCCAAAGAGCAAUUGAAUCCUACAGUAAUAUGGUGGCCUACAUUUCUGUGCAAUUUAACCGAUUGAUACAGACAAUUAGAAAAGUGGUGAAGGACAGCAAGAUUAUCACCCAGAUGAAGCAAACUGUUGAUGGAGCUCUCGGUGCACUGAAAAGACCGGAUAUCAAAGUUGGCACUUUUACCGUACCUUUCACUGACCUUGUCAUUGCAGCAUUUAGCGUCAACCUGAACAAACUGCAGGAGAUCAGCAUCCCAGCUCGAAUUUCAGUCCCUGAGUUCACCAUUUUCUACUUCUACACAAUUCCUGCCUUUACCAUAGACUUUGAUGAGAUCAAAGCAAAGAUAGUUGCAAUCAUAGAUGACAUCAAAGAAUUUAAGAUCAAAAUGCCGGACCCGGAGGAAAUCUUUGGUGACCUAAAAGUUCUCUACCUUUCAGAACUACCAGAUCUCACCUUCCCAGAAAUAACUCUUUCAGAAAUAACAUUUCCGGCCAUCAACAUCCCCAAAUUAAAUCUGAAAGAGUUUAGAAUCACAGUGCUUCCAAUUCCAGAGAUCAAAUUGCCUGAGGUUCCCAAUGACAUUUGUAUCCCAAUUUUUGGUAAAUUCCAUGGAGAAUUUAGAAUCAACUUCCCACAGUACACCCUUGUAACCGCAGGGAAGAUUGAGAACUCAACAUCAACACAAAAAAACCCACAGUUUACAGCCACCAUUGUUUCUCAUGUCCAAUCACCUUUUGAGCCCCUUAAAUACACCUUUGAAGCCAUGGCUCAGUUGGGAGCUCCCAGAAUGAAGAAGUUGCUAUUCACAGGAACAGUGAAAGCUGAACAUAUGGCCUUCUCCAUUGAUCAUGAAGGAUUUUUAACACUGACAGGCUCUUCUGUUGAGGCUUCUGCCAAGACAACUACCAAGGCCACAACCCAAAUGUACACAGCACACUUGGACAACAAUAUGGCACUUACACUAAAGGGUAAAAUCUCUGCAUCCAUAGACACAGCCUACAAUCACAAUUUGGACAUUGCAUCAAUUGAAACUUCAAGUCAGGCAUCAAUGAAACAGAAUAUAGCAGCCACAAUGGAAUCUGGAACAAUUACUGUUACUGGUCAAACUACUGGUAAUGGAAAGUGGUCCAUAAAAGACUACUCUGAUGGAGGUACACACACAAGCAAUGUGGAUUUCAACCUCAAUCUUAGCACUGCCAAGUUAAUUUUUGUUGGAGAAUCAGACUGUCAGGCUUUGAAAUUGAAGCAAACACUGACUGCUGAAUCAGUGAUCUUAAGCCAUAUUACUGUUGAGGCAAGAUGUGAAACUGAAGUUCCAUCCAUCAAGAAGAGUGUUAUGAUUUUAAAUGGGCAGACACGUAUUGGGGACUUGAAAGUUGCACUGACAGCUUCUCAUGAUGCUGAAUUCAGUGGAAGUCUGAUUGGCUCCAUGUCAAACUCUUUGGAAUUCAUGGCGCAUCCAUUUGAGAUUGUGCUCAAUGUUAAGAACCAAGUAAACUCAAAGAUUUUCCUCCCCCUGAAACUCACUGGUAAGGUGGAUCUCCUAAAUGAUUAUGGAGUCUCACUGAACUCUGAGAAGCAACAUGCAUGUUGGUUUGCUUUGGCAAGAUUCAACCAGUACAAAUACAAUCACAACUUCACAGCCGCAAACAAUGAAAUGGACAUCUUCUUUCACACAUCAGCUAAUGUAGAGGCUAAUCUGGACUUUCUGACUGUUCCUGUCUCUUUCCCAGAGAUAACUGUACCUUAUAUUGAAAUGAAAACACCUGCUGUCAGACAUAUCUCUCUAUGGGAGCAGGCUGGACUCAAAACCUUGCUUACCACUCCUCAACAAUCAUUUGAUAUGUAUCUGAAGCUUCAUUACUAUAAAAAUCCUGAUAUGCACAACAAUGAAUUACACCUUGAACUGAUCUACAAUGCAAUCAGUGGCAAUGCUAACAUAAUCCAGGAUCAUUUUGAACAAUAUAGAGACAGAGUAGUGGCACUAAUAAAGGAUUCGUACAACCAAGCAAAGUCACAGUAUAUCAAACACAAUACUGACACUUCUAGCUUGCCUCCUAGAAUCUUCACUGUCCCUGGAUACAAAAUACCAAUACUGAAUAUUGACAUUUCUGCUUUCAGGGCUGAGAUGCCAGCUUUUAGCUAUUUUGUUCCUAAAGAGGUCAGUACACCAAGGUUCAAAGUUCCAGCACUUGGUUUCUCCGUGCCAUCCUAUACCCUUGUGGUACCAUCUUUCCAAUUACCCGUCAUCCAUGUUCCAGAAACUUUAAGUGAAAUAAAGCUGCCCAAUUUAACACUACCAGCCAUUCAGAACAACAUUGUGAUUCCAGCCAUGGGUAACUUAACUUGUGACUUCUCCUUCAAAUCCACUGUGAUUACCUUAAGUGCUAAUGCUGGCCUUUACAACCAGUCUGACAUUGUGGCUCGGUUUGGUGCUUCCUCAACAUCUGUGUUUGACAUUUUAAAUGCAGAAAUUGAUGGCACCACUAGUUUGACAAGGAAGAGAGGAAUAAAACUGGCUACCACUGUGUCCGUGGAGCAUAACAAUGUGGAAGCAAACCAUAAAUCUGCUGUUAGCAUCAACAAAAGGAGCAUGGAAAGUUCUGUAUCUAACACUGCAAAAGUCAGUCUACCGUUCCUCAGUCUAGAAUUGAAUCAGGAGCUCAUCGGAAAUACCAAGACCAAGCUAAAUGUUGUUUCCAAGAAAAAGAUAAAAUACAUGUUUAACAUUCCUCUGAUUGAGUCUGUAGGCAAAGGAAACCUUGAUAUAAACAUGGCACUGGAAGCACUUUCCCAUGUGUCACUGGAGACCUCUACCCAAGGAAAGUCAGAUAUAAUUAUAAUGGGAGGUUGUCACUUUUCUGGAGAUCUAGAGAAUGAGGCCAGUUUCUACCUUAAUGCCAAUCUCCUGCGUUCAACUGUCAGGACUUUCUUAAACUCAAACAUUACCAAACAAGAGAAACAAAAACGAAGCUCAAACAAUAAAAUCCUUCAGUUUGACUUGAAUAAGAACUUGGAUCUUGAGGUUUCCUUGCGGCGUAUCUUUGCAACAGUUCAUUACACGAGCAAUAACAAUAUUGAUUCAGCAUCUUUCAACACAAAUGGAAGGCACUUUAUUAAAGGAGAACUAGAUUUUGUUCCUUUAACAACCUUCAAGACUACAUUGAACAUUGAUGGAAGUCAGCCAAGUAGUUUGGGUCACGCUGGACUCAUUCAGAGCAUCAACCUUGCAAUCACCUCAGAUAAGCAGUCUAUCACAUGGAGUGGUAAGGAACAACUGGCAUCUCUCAUCCAUGCUUGUGAUUUGUUCAUGUCCAACGAUGAAUCUCAAGUAUGCAUGGAUUUGACUGGAUCAGUGGAGGGCCACCUAGCCUUCUUGAAGGCUGUUAGGCUUCCUGUAUAUCAGAAGACCCUGUGGGAUGUGUUCAAGUUUGAUCAGGUCACAAACAUGGACAACUUACAAUUCCUUAACAUAUCUUACAGCAUUCUGUACACAAAGGCCAUGGAUGGCCAGCAGUAUGCAAUACCAUCUAAACUAUUUGAAAAUGGAAUAACGUUUAGCAUCCCUGAAAUUUCCAUUGCCAUGCCUUCUUGGAUAGAGGAAAUUCCACAUUUCAUAAGGAACAUGGACAUGCGAUUUGAAAAUGUUGAUGUUCCUGAUCAUCUCACUCUUCCCCCUGUAAUCUCUAUUCCAGCCUUUAAUUUGCCAUUUACCAACUUGCAUGUGGAACCCUUUACAAUUGAUCCAAAGAACCUUCACAUCCCUAAAGUGAUCACAACCAAAGCCUAUGACAUUAUGCUGCCUGGUUUGCCAAUAAUGUCAGUGCCGAGUUAUGAUAUUAAUACAGAGUAUCUACAGGGGAAAAUGUCAUUCCUUUCAUUCAAGAUGCCACAGUAUGAAAUCACAGUUUCAUCUUUCACACCGCCAAAAACUUUUACUAUUAGAGAGCACACCAUCAGUCUUAAUGAAAACACAAGCCAGAUUUUGAACUUUGAACUUCCAACCAGCCUCCUUUCAGAGCAAACAUUUGAAAUCCCUGAAAUGGCCCUACAUCUGCCUUUUGGUGUGUUUAUCCCAGUUUUUGGUGCCCUCAGUGCCAUUCUUAAUGUCUCCUCCCCUAUUUAUAACGUGUCAACAACUGCCAACCUGGAGAAAAAGGACUCUAGCCUCGUGACUACGCUGAAUUCCAUCUGCACUUCUACCAUGAUCUUCUUGGAAUAUGACCUCUCUGCCAGUGCGACCCUUGGAUUUGAUAAUGGAGUAAUCAAUCUAAAUGGGAAAUGCAACUUGAUAAAUAAUGAUGUAAAUGUCAACUUGCAACAUGGUUUGGCACAAAACCUGAGGGAGUCUAAUCAUACUCUUACUGCUGACAUCACCAGCCAAAAAUUUACUGAUGUGAGCUUCCGCUUUGCUUCCCACAAAUAUGGCAUCACUGCAACUAUGUCUUCUCCAUCAACUGGUUUCCUUGGCUUGCAUUUUCAGCAAAGAUCUCCAUCACAGCUGUAUGGAAAACUGUUCAAUCACUACCUGGUAACUCAUUAGGCUCUUUAAUUUGCAUAUUGUUGUCAACAGCAAACAUUUUCUCCCAGAGGCCAAGAGAAGCCAAGCUUCCCCUGUUUUUCAGACUGUAGUUGUCAUUUUGAUAAAAAACAUUCAGAAUCUGUAAAUAUUCUGUGCUGGUGUGAUGUGUGGUGAAACUACAGUGGCUGUGAGCUAUAAACACCAUUUGUAGGAUAAUGUCAUGUCUCGAGGAGGCCAGGUCGGAGUUGGCAUCCCUUGAUGAAAAAUAAAAGAAUGAUUAACCGAUCAGAUGAGGCUAUGAGCAAAUCUGUAGUGUGCAUUAAGCUGGCAUUUAGUUGGGAGUAAAUAAGAUGUUUAGGGUGUGUGUGUGCGAUAGAGAGAAAGAGAGACAGCGAGAGAGAAAGAUCGUGUGUAGGUCAACCCAAGUGAAGGUUAGAAUAUGACACACAUGUUACUGUUUGAGGAUAGUGUUCUAUUAAACAACAAUGAACACAGAUUUUUGUGUUUGU